AUGAUGAACGAGGACGCAGGCUCGGAUGUGGAAGCAGCACGAAGGCAUCUUAUACUGACGGAGGUAUUUGGAAUACAUCCACGCGCUAUUGUUGAUGCUUUGGUAGUUUCAGCCAAUGAACACUUAUAUAUUCAGGGCCAAAAACUUGAAGAGACUGUUUGUGGUCUUUUGGGUGACACCGAACAGGCAGAAAAAUUGGCCGAAGAGAGCGUGCAUUCCGUCAUGACGCUUCUUGAACAUGCUAUUGAUCACACCAUGGACACCUUCGAGCUGUAUUGUCUGCGCUCAAUUUUUGUCGUCACGCCAGAACAAUCACAAUACAUGACAAUGGCGCACCAUCGAGGGCUGGAUCUACGUCCUUCGUGUUCUUCUCAACUUGACCCCACGCCCGAAGAAGAGCACGCAUCGGAUGAAGUUCCAAUUGUAACUGACAUUGAAGACCAACUCCUUCGUCGUAUUGCCUGUGCUCGUGCCACUCAACACCGGCUAGCUCAGGCGGAAGCUGCAGCUAAAGUUCGACUGGAGCGCAUGAAUAUGGUUCAACGUACAUAUGAAUUUAUCCUUGAAGGUGCAGAAAAAUUGAAUGCCGGGAACGACGGAGAUACGUCCUCGGCUGUACUUAAUAUUGCUGAUGAUGUCAUGUCUCAAGUGUACGGGGUUAUGGAAGCAUUGGACACAUUGAUGGGUGCUGAACCAUUUACUGCUACGCUUUCUAUGACAUCAAGUGAAGCUAAAGACGUAAGUGAGCGUGAAGGUAUGGUUGAUGCGAAACGUGAAUGGGAGAAGGGGCGCGAUGAAUACUUGAAUUGGGAAGCCCAGCGCAUCAUCGCAAACAUGAAACGGUCUCCUACGUAA